GUCACGAGGGAAAGGGCGUGGCUAUAAUUGUCUGACUUUGUAUUGUAUUGGCUCUUUCCUUUCCUUUGUUUACCUGGGAGUCUCAUUAGAAACUUGCUGAACUGGACUGAAGUUUGCUGUUCCCCACAGACGGAUUGCAUGGCUGUCAGAAGGUUUAGUUUAAGACUUUUAACAACUCUUCCUGUUGAAAUGUCCAUCCCACUGCCUGGCUGUGAUUCAGUCUCUUAAAGCUGCUCCAUGGAGAAUGGAGGAGCUGGCAGUGAGGGCUCGGUCCUGCGGGCUGCCUGGAGCUCCACUCAGAGGAGAACCGCAGCGGAGUUCACGCUCUACAGGAGGAGAUGGUUCAUCCUGCUGCUGCUCUGCGUGUUGAACUGCUCUAAUUCCGUGCUAUGGCUGACCUUUGCUCCUGUGGCAGAUCAGACAGCAAAGCAUCUGCAUGUGACUCUGGACCAGGUCAACUGGCUCUCUGUUGUCUACAUGGUAGUGGCAGUCCCUCUGAGCUUCAUCACCACAUGGAUGCUGGAUACACUGGGACUAUGCUGCACUAUGAUUCUGGGCUCGUGGCUCAACAUGGCUGGAGCUGUAGUGAGGGUGGUUGGUGUGCUCAGCUAUCUCCCGCAGUAUACCAUGUUCCCUGUGGUGAUGACGGGGCAGACUCUGUGCUCUCUGGCCCAGCCUUUGAUAAUCUUCUCCCCUACCAAACUAGCAGCUCUGUGGUUCCCCGAGCACCAACGCGCUACAGCAAACAUGAUCGCCUCAAUGUCAAAUCCCCUUGGGCUGCUUUUUGUUAAUAUCUUCUCCCCAAUGAUCCUUAGUAAAACCAACAGUCUUUUCAUGCUGCUCCUUAUAUAUGCUAUACCUGCCAUCGUCGUCUGUUUCCUAGCAACAGUGGGCAUCCGGGAGAGUGUUCCCCCAACGCCACCUUCUGCCAGCGCAGACACCUCCAGCUCUGAACCUUUCCUACAAGGGAUUAAACUGCUGCUGACAAAUAAAGCCUACAUGAUCCUGCUGGUGUGUUUCGGCUCGGGUAUUGGCAUCUUCACCUGUUUCUCCACACUCCUCGAGCAGAUUCUCUGUGUCAAAGGCUACUCGAAUGACUUUGCGGGGUUGUGUGGCGCUCUCUUCAUUGUGUCCGGGGUGAUUGGAGCUGCUGUCCUUGGCCUUUUUGUGGACAAAACGAAGCUGUUCACAGAAUCCAUAAAAAUCAGCAUGUGUCUUACAUCUCUGGCCUGCACCGCAUUUGCAGUGGUUUCUCAGGUGGAGGAGCAGAAAGUCAUAACUGGUGCAGUUUGUGCUCUCUUCGGCUUAUUUGGAUUCGCCACCUAUCCAGUUGCUAUGGAGCUGUCAGUCGAGUGCUCUUACCCAGUUGGAGAGGCGACAUCAGCAGGGCUCGUGUUUAUUUCAGGGCAGGUCCAGUCCAUUGUGUACACCGUGCUCUUACAAGCGCUGACGACAAAACUGACGGAUUCGCCUCGAUCUGUGUGCGCUGCAGGUGAUGAUGCCAACCUGAGCUGGAUGGUGCCUGUGCUGGUGAUGGCUGGAUUGUGUUGCUUAGCUUCCUGCUCCUUUGUCAUCUUCUUCCACACACAGUACCGGCGACUUAAGGCAGAGGCUGACGCCGCUGACAACCACUCCACACAAACAGAGACGCAAGGAGUUAUGAACAACAGCACAAAUGCAUGACAAGACACAGGCUCUAAGCAAUGCACCCAGGAGCAUGUAUAUGUGUACGUGUGAAAAGCCGGGGACAGAAACCACCGUGUUCCUGUGGAACAUAACUUUUUUUUUUUUACCUCAGCAUGGCAUUUUUAAAAUGCAUAAAGUUUAGAUAUUCCCUAAACUCAGGCACUUUUUACUGAAGGAUUUUGUUACUUUUUAAAUUAUGUACGUUACAUUUUUUAAAUAUCAUUCAGUUACGGUUACUAAUUUUAGAUAUUCAGGUACAAACUGAAGCCUUAACCUUUCAACAAGUUUUUUUUUUUUAAAUCAUGGUUGUCAAUUUUCUAAGUAGUCCAGAACAAGAGGUCUUUCACAACAGUGAUUUAGCUUAUAUAAAGUGGUGCAAAUUAUGGGACAUGCAGUGUAAAUAUCAAUAGUUUAUUUAAAAAUACUUAUUUUAUUUAUAUUAUGAAUGGUAUGAAAAUUUCAGUGUGGAUAUACAUGCAUGAGACCAGCAGUCUGGCACAAAUGAAUAGGACAGAACCACUAACUAGGUCAAUGGAGUUCAUCAUGGCCAAAAAAUAAAAAAAUUGUUCAUUUAAUAAAAGUAAUAAUGUGCAAUUUAAGUGUAUGUAGAACGUGCUAAAAGAUGGUAGUUGUAAGGCCAUUUAAAUAUUAAUACUAGAUGUCUUUUCUUUAAAAAAAAGUGAAAAGGUUGAGGCAACGCUUUUUCUUUUGUGCAGUUUUAUACCAUUGGAAAUUCAAAGUUGAACUCUCGCCACUUUUUAGAUAAGCAUGGUACUUAGACCUGUCAAAGCUGCACACAGGACUCCUGUCAGAAAACACAGAUUUUCUGCACAUUGUGAAGAACUGUCUAAUAAAAAAAUCUAAAUCUUUAACACACAA